GAGCCCUUCUUUUCUCGAAGCAUUUGCGCGUUCAGUUUGGAACAUACCUGAACUUCGUUCACCUUCAUCCACCUUCGUCGAGGAUUUUGUGAGAGCCUUGGAAUACAGACUCUUUGUUGUGUAUUAUUUUCAAGCACAGCACGAUGCAGUCGCAGAAGCCCAUCUUCUGCGCUACCCACCCCAGGGCUUGCUCUACGGCAUUUGAGCGGGUCUUCAUGACCCGCAAGGACCUAAAAUGCGUACACGAGCCGUUUGGCGACGCAUACUACUUCGGACCGGAGCGUCUUGGUUACCGCUAUGAGGGCUCCGAAAAUGAGCAGGAGAGACAGGACAGUGGCUACGCCAGCAGCACAUACCGGUCAAUAUUCGACAGGAUCGCAAAGGACAACGCCGAGGGCAAGCGUGCCUUUAUCAAAGAUAUGGCACAAUACUGGAUUCCCCCUCAGGGAAAGCCGAGGCCCACGACGGUCUGCCCAUCGAUGUCCAACUACCGCCGCGGCGUUGGAACAAAUACCACCGAACUCUCGCCCGUACAGACACGCGAAGAUCGCCCUGGCGAACCUUACCCAUACGACACGAAGGCCGAAGAGGGUAACCCGACCGUUCUUCCUAGAGAUCUUCUUGCGACGUACCACUUCAUCUUUCUCAUCCGCCAUCCGAAGUAUAGCAUUCCAAGCUAUCACCGCUGCACGCUUCCUCCUCUGGAUAAGUUGACUGGUUGGGAUUAUCUCCGCAAAGACGAGGCCGGUUACUCUGAACUGCGCGAGCUGUUUGACUACCUUCGCAAGGAAGGUCUGGUUGGUCCUAAGUCUGCCGGUCAGGCAGGUGAGACCAACGGCACCAAUGGUAGCUCGCACGGCGUGGAGAUCUGCGUUGUCGAUGCUGAUGAGCUGCUUGACAACCCUUCUGGUAUGAUCGAGGCCGUCUGCAAGACCACGGGCAUCGACUAUAAGCCUGAGAUGCUGGUUUGGGAUACCGAAGAGGACCAAACGCUCGCUAAGAGAGAGUUCGAGAAAUGGAAGGGCUUCCACGAGGAUGCUAUCGACAGCACUGAGCUGCGAGCCAGGACUCACAAGAAAGCGCAAACAACGAAAGAUCAAGAUGAUGCAGCAUGGAAGGAAAAGUACGGCGAAGAAGGCGCUAGAUUCAUUCGCGAAACCGUUGAUGAGAACGUGGAGCAUUACGAAUACCUGAAGCAGUUCGCCAUUAAGGUAUAAGACUAGAAGGCUGGCCUUCGCCCGACAACGAAGAUAUGAAGAUUUCCUUACUCGGUUCACUGCGUUAUUGGUUGGGAUUUCCCUUUGCCUACUCGCAUGUCGACGUUAGUGCGACAAAUUGAGCACUUUUCAAAUGAUGAUGAUGAUGAGAAUGUUGACACCAAGUCCAUGAGGUCCUUUGUAGGAUCACCAAUGUCAAG